AUGGAUAUGGAUUGGUGCCCAACCACGGGAACACCCGGAGCUCCACUCGUCAGUAUACUGACGUGGAAAAAGCUGAAAAAUACGUUAAAAGCCGAAUUAUAUCUCCAGGAAGACGAGACCGUGGACGCCGAGAACUUUAUCAACCGAGCGUCUCGUUUUAUCCACAAUGUGGAGGACUGGGCGCUUAAGUUGCACUUCCAAGUGUCCUACGCGCGUAUUCUGGACUCGAAACGCAAGUUUUUAGACGCUGCGCUGCGUUACUAUGAGUUCUCGCAGUCCAAACCAGACGAAGUGGACCCUGAUGACUUGUUAGAGUUACUCAGCAAGGCUGUGACGUGCGCUAUCCUGGCUUCUGCUGGCCCGCAGCGCUCUCGUCUGCUAGGUACGCUCUACAAAGACGAGCGUGUGAAGAACAGCGAGUACGUGGCGAUUCUGGAGAAAAUGUACAUGGAACAAUUGAUCCGUCGGCCGGAGCUGGUGCAAUUCGAGAAGAGCCUGUUACCGCAUCAGAAGGCGGUGCUGUCGAACGGCUUUACGGUGUUGGAGAACGCCUUUUUAGAGCACAACCUGCUGGCUGCUAGUCGUGUGUAUAGCAGCAUUUCACUGGAAGAACUGGGGAAGCUGCUGGAGAUCGAACCGGCCAAUGCUGAGCGUGUUGCAGCGACGAUGAUUGGGGAAGACCGCAUGAAGGGGAGCAUCGACCAGCACUUGGGAUUCCUGGAGUUUGAGAACACGGAAGACGAGGUCUUGGCGGCGUUCGAUACGCGAAUCAGCUCGCUGUGCUUCAAUGUCAACCAGUGCGCCGAGCUGAUUGAGCAGCAGUACCCGGAUAUUGUACGCUCGCUUGCUGCCACUGCGAUGGCUACGGCCCCAUAA